AUGGUCUAUAACAUGGAGCAAAUAAUUAAACUAAAAUUAUGCAUUAAAUUUUCUGCGUUUAUAAUUUUAGCUUCGAUAUAUCAUUUUAGCAGUGAUAUAAUGCUUAACAAAUCUUUGAAUGUGAAAUGGAAUCUCGAUAGUAUAUCAGAAGCAAUACAUUAUCGACUACUAGCCAAAUAUAAAAAGGAUCAGGAUUCAAACACAGUAGGUUUAACAGAAGAUAUAUCAAAUAGUAUGAAAUGCAAGAAAAUAAAUAUAUAUAAUAAUGAAAAAUUGACCAAAGGUAAAAACAAACAGUCAAACGGAAAUUUACUAAAUAAGCAGCAAUACUACACGGAAAUUAUAGAUUAUAAUAAUGGAAUGUUUGAUGGAAAACAUUUUCAUUUUCAAAAAAAAUGGAUAAAAAAAAAAGAUUUUGAUGAUUUUGUUGAAAAAAAGAGGAGAAUUUGUGAUAUAGAUUUAAAGAAAAUAAAAUUUAGGAAUUACGGUUUUGGUUUUACUCUAUUUUUUAUUUUUUUAUUCCUGGGAAUAGGAAUACCAAUAUCACCAGGAUUAACAUUUUUGAAAGUUGAAUGGGAAACAAUUAAAGUGAAUCCAUUAGGUAAUUUUUUUUAUGAUAUUACAUGUAAGUUGAAAGAAUUUUUAAAAAUGCAUCCUUAUGCUAUACUUUAUAGCAUUUUUAUCGUUAUAUUAUCUGUUAUACUUAUAAUAGCAAUUUAUAAGAUUUUAAGAAAUAAUGAAAAAUAUGAAAAAAUUAAGUUAAUGUCUGAGUAA